AUGUCGUCGACUAAGCUCCCAAGCACUGGCGUCACAGAAAUCCAUGAUUCAAGCCGGAGCACCACUGAUGAGGAGUUUGAUGAUGGGGACGAAUUCCCUGAGGGUGGUUUAAGAAGCUGGAUUUGCGUUUUGGGUAGCUUCAUCGGCCUUGUGGGCAGCAUGGGAAUUCUGAAUUCCAUCGGCACACUUCAGUCAUACCUGGAAAGGAACCAACUGCGAGAUUAUCAGCCGGGGCAGAUUGCCUGGAUAUUCGGUGUCUUCAACUUCCUGACUUUCUUCUUUGGGCUACAAAUUGGUCCUAUUUUUGAUGCGAGAGGUCCUCGCUACCUGUUGCUCUUAGGAACCGUAUUCAUUUUUGGAUGCUUGAUCAGCCUCGGGUUUUGUACUGAGUACUGGCACUUCAUGCUCUCCUUUGGUGUAGCAGGCGGGACUGGGAUAUCAUUAAUCUUUACACCUUGCAUUUCGGCUGUCAGCCAUUGGUUCAAAAACAAACGGGGGCUUGCUACGGGAAUGGCUGUAGCAGGAGGCUCGCUUGGAGGCAUUAUCUUGCCCCUUGUGAUGCAAGAUCUCUUCCCCAAAGUUGGAUUUGCCUGGACGACACGGGUCAUUGCCCUGAUCUGCCUGGUUUGUGCCGGUGUCGCCUGCGUGCUGGUGGCAUCUCGUCUUCCCAAGAGACCCUUCUCUAGAGAAAAUAUCUUACCCGAUCUGAAGAUAUUCCGAGAUCAAAAACUAACACUGACUACUAUGUCAGUAUUCUUUAUCGACUGGGGAACAUUUGUUCCCUUGACUUAUAUAUCCUCCUAUGCGAUAGCCCAUGGCGUGGAUGAACCGACUGCUUUUAAGCUUAUAGCUGUUCUGAAUGCUGGCUCAUUUUUGGGGAGAUGGCUGCCGGGCUAUGUUGCGGAUAUCAUCGGUCGAUUCAACACCCUGGCCAUUACCGUCGGCCUUUGCUUUCUGUCUACGGUAGCACUGUGGUUGCCAGCUGGGGAUAGUCUUGCCAUGAUGGCUGCAUACAGUGCCAUAUUCGGGUCUGCCAGUGGUGGAAAUAUCAGCUUGACGCCGGUAUGUGUAGGGCAGCUCUGUGACACGAAAGAUUAUGGCCGGUACUAUGCCACCUCUUACACAAUCGUCAGCUUUGGGACCCUAACGGGUAUCCCUAUUGCCGGCGAGAUCCUUCAUCGUUGUAAUGGAGAUUUCUGGGGGCUGAUAACCUUCACCUCUUGCUCCUACGCUAUGGGACUUAUUUGCGCCUGGUGUGUCAAAGUCCUACAUUGCGGAUGGAGAAAGCCUUUUGCAGUUUACUAA